AUAAGUGACCAUGAUUUUUUCUCCCCCUAAAUUGUCUGGUUAAAUCUCAAAUCAAAAACACCGCUUCUCUUGGAGUAACUACGAAAAAAUUCAGCAAAUAUGGAAGCCAACAAGGGUGGUAUCCAACAGCUGCUAGCUGCAGAACAAGAGGCUCAGCACAUUGUCAACGCAGCAAGAAAUGCAAAAAUGGCUAGACUAAGACAGGCAAAGGAAGAGGCAGAGAAAGAGAUUGCUGAAUAUCAUGCUCAAGUGGAGUAUGAGUUUCAGAAGAAGGUAGCUGAGAGUAGCGGAGACUCGGGAGCUAAUGUGAAGCGGCUUGAGGUUGAAACAGAUGCAAAGAUCAAUCACUUGAAGAAUGAAGCCGCAAGGAUAUCUCACGAUGUCGUACGGAUGCUUUUGAAGAAUGUGACAACCGUGAGGAACUAGGUAUCUUCUAUGAAGAAUGAUGGUUUAGUCGUCUACAACCUUCAAUCAGGCCCUGUAUGAUUAUGUCAAAACUCAGAGCUCAUGCUUGGGAACAAUUUUUUGUCAUUAUUUUAUCAUAUUUUGUUAUUUCAUUUGUGCCAUGCUUUGGAUGAUGAUGUUCAAGUUCUAAAACAAAAUUUAAUAUGUGCUGCC